AUGGAGGAACUAGAUCAAGCUGAAGGAUUAGAAGAAGUGCAACCCGAUCUUGAUGAAAAAGAAGCCGAAUCGAUGUUUGAUGAGAGUAUCGAUCGACAACAGCUUGAAAGUGUCGAUCGACAUACCGUCCAUCCGGAUCCCCAACCGUUUAAGUCUUUCAAACCAGAUGUAUCAAAUAUAUAUAGACCCAAGACUCCCUUCCCUCCCACCCAAAUGAAAGCGAAAGGAAAACUGGAAAAAGCUAUAUGCAAGAAAGCAUUCAACAAGAUAAAUGUCGAGCUUCCACUCGGUGACGCCAUACAAAUUUCUCUUCCAAUCAAAAAGUACAUUAAAGAUAUGGUGACCGGAGGUUUUCGACCAACAGAACAGAGUGUGAUGAUAGUUUCUGAGCAAGUAAGCUCUAUGAUUCAGGAGGGAAUCCCGAUUAAACAACCAGACACCGAUAGUUUUGUUUUGGAUUGCAACAUCCACAAUGAGCGGUUCCAGAGAUCUCUCUGUGAUCUAGGCUAUAGUGUGAAUUUAAUACAUUAUUCUGUUGUAGUAGCCCUUGAGUUAACUAAAAUCCAACCCAUAAAUAUCACUCUUGUUCUAGUCGAUAGAUCUGUUAGGAUUCCAGAAGGUGUCCUCGAAGACGUGCCCAUAAGGAUAAAUGAAUUCCAUAUACCAACAGAUUUUGUAGUGAUGGAGUACAGGCACGAACCUAGAGAUCCUCUUAUUUUAAGACCGUUCUUGGCCACAGCCGGGGCAAUCAUUGAUGUUAGGAAAGGGCGUAUAUGUCUGAACAUAAGAGAUUUGUCAAUAAAUUUCGACAUGGAAAAUCUGGUCAAGAAACCUUUGAUCAAUGCCAAAACUUUCUUUUUCGAUCACGUAUCUGAGGGAGUUGACCAAUCUUUCAUAGAUAUGUGUUCAAAUGAUCCAUUAGAAACUACUCUCACGGCUCCUGAAAGAAACAUUUUCAGUAUUGAUGACAGAGUCGAUGAGAACGCUCGACUAAUGGAUGCCAGUAUGGAAUCCAUGUGUGUUGACAAGGAAGAAGAUGACGAAUUCUAA